AUGUUCAUGAUCGAUUGGUUCUACGGCGUUCUCGCUUCGCUAGGGCUAUGGCAGAAAGAGGCUAAGAUCUUGUUUCUGGGACUCGAUAAUGCCGGUAAAACAACCUUGCUCCACAUGUUGAAGGACGAGAGAUUGGUACAGCACCAGCCGACGCAGCAUCCAACAUCUGAAGAACUUAGCAUUGGCAAAAUCAAGUUCAAGGCUUUUGAUUUGGGUGGUCAUCAGAUUGCUCGCAGAGUCUGGAAGGAUUACUACGCUAAGGUGGAUGCUGUUGUCUACCUAGUGGAUGCUUACGACAAGGAGAGGUUUGCAGAAUCGAAAAAGGAACUGGACGCACUUCUCUCAGACGAAUCUCUAGCAACCGUUCCAUUCCUCAUUCUAGGAAACAAAAUAGACAUACCGUACGCUGCAUCAGAGGACGAGCUCCGUUACCAUCUCGGUCUCACCAAUUUCACUACGGGGAAGGGAAGAGUGAAUCUCGCGGAUUCGAACGUGAGACCAUUGGAGGUGUUCAUGUGCAGCAUCGUCAGGAAAAUGGGUUACGGCGAAGGCUUCAAAUGGCUCUCUCAAUACAUCAAGUAA